AUGACUCUCUCUCACUCCCUCAUCCUCUCUUCAUCCUCCAGGUUCUCUCGUCUCGGCUACAGCACCAGAUUCCUCAGACACCCAAACCCUCUUUCUGCUCCGCUCAACAGAAAAAGAUUCCAAUGCUAUUGCUCCCAAGAGACUUCUCCUUCUGCCUCUUCUGUAAGGAAACGUGUUGUCUCUGGAGUCCAGCCUACAGGUUCAAUUCACCUUGGAAACUAUCUAGGCGCCAUAAAAAAUUGGGUCACUCUUCAGGAUACAUAUGAAACACUCUUUUUCAUUGUGGACCUUCAUGCGAUAACACUGCCAUAUGACCCGCAAGAACUAAGAAAGGCAACUAGGGAUACUGCAGCGCUCUAUCUAGCAUGUGGUGUAGACAUUUCUAAGGCUUCAGUGUUUGUGCAAUCUCACGUCCGUGCUCAUGUGGAUUUAAUGUGGCUAUUGAGUUCAUCAACACCUAUUGGUUGGCUACAGAAAAUGACUCAGUUCAAAGAGAAAUCACGCAAGGAGGGGGGUGAGAAUGCUUCUGUUUCUUUAUUAACAUAUCCAGUUCUAAUGGCUGCUGACAUCCUCUUAUAUAAGUCGGAUUUUGUCCCUGUGGGUGAGGACCAGAAGCAGCACCUAGAACUUGCCCGCGACCUGGCACAGCGUGUGAAUAAUUUAUAUGGUGGAAGGAAGUGGAAAAAGCUUGGAGGACGUGGUGGUUCGAUUUUUAAGAUACCAGAACCACUCAUACCACAAGUUGGAGCCCGAGUUAUGUCUCUUACAGAUGGUCGUUCUAAGAUGUCCAAGUCUGCACCUUCUGAUCAGUCCCGGAUCAAUCUCCUUGACUCAAAGGAUUUGAUUGCGGAUAAGAUAAAACGGUGCAAGACAGACUCAUUCGUAGGCCUUGAAUAUGACAAUGCCGAGAGACCUGAAUGCAACAAUCUCCUCUCCGUAUAUCAGAUUGUUUCAGGCAAGACAAAAGAGGAAGUGAUGGAGGAAUGCAAAGAAAUGAGCUGGGGCACAUUUAAGCCUCUCCUCACGGAUGCUGUGGUCGAGCAUCUGAGUCCAAUCCAGGUUCGCUAUCAGGAGAUAACAGCUGAGUCAGCGUAUUUGGACAAAGUACUGUCAGAAGGUGCGGACAGAGCCACGGAGAUAGCAGAAGACACAAUUCGCAAUUUGAAACAGGCGAUGGGGUUCUAUAUAUGACUGAGGAAUAGUAUUAGUGCCCAUGGUUUCUAAAUUCUAUGGUUAAAAAGAGUUAAUAUUUGCCAAACGAUUCUUUAUUUCUUGAAUCAGUUCAGUCAAUAUUCUUGAUUAUUCAUUCAGUUCAGACAAUUUAUCAAAUUCAGAAUUCAUUUGUUACUUUGAGAUAUCAAUUGAUAGUCACAAUUACUUGC